AUGGACACCAACCCAGCAUCCUACACUCCCCUACCAGAGCAAAAUGAAUCCACCGGUUUUCCGGCGGAUUACCGGCGACCCUCGAAGGGUCUCGUCGGUAUCUUCCUCUGCGCACUCUUUAUUUCUUCUUUGGUAGUUCUGAUCAUUAACCAAGGAUCAGAACCCCAAUCAGAAGUCAAUGCCCAUCAGCAGAAGUCUGCGCCUUCAACAUCGGUUUCACCGGGAACUUUGAAACCACCGUCGAGAGGGGAAUCUAAGAGUGUAUCAGAGGAGACUUUCCGGGAGAUCAGCGGCGAAACUGAGGACUAUCCUUGGACCAAUUCUAUGUUGUCUUGGCAAAGAACAUCUUACCAUUUUCAACCUGAAAAGAACUGGAUGAAUGGUAACAGCCAACAGGCAUAG